AUGGCACAUCAAGGCGGAGAUGGGAAGGAGAACAUGGAGGAUCAUGUGCCUCAACACCAUGGGGAGGUGGUUGAAGUUCAUGUUCCGAGCUCUAAUAGCAGGAGUAUAGGUAGCACUACUGCUAGUACUGCGCCGGCCGCAAUGUCAAGGUCGGCCAGUACGAAGAAAGCUGGGAAUUCCAAGAAGGGUUCACAUAGCGGGAAGAUUAAUAAUGGAGGGAAUAGCAAUGAGUUGUUGAUGGUGAAUGACCAGAGAGGCACGUUUGGAUUGCUGGAUUUGAUGAAAGCUGCCGCAGAGGUUUUGGGGAAUGGAGGAUUGGGCUCAGCUUACAAAGCAUGAAUGGAUAUGAAUAGAUUAGGGAGAGAGGGGUUUGAAGCUGAGAUGAGAAGGUUCGGAAGAUUAAGGCAUAAGAAUAUCUUGACUCCCUUGGCUUACCAUUAUAGGAGAGAAGAGAAGCUGUUGAUUUCAGAUUACAUUACUAAAGGCAGCUUAUUGUAUGUUUUGCAUGGCGAUCGAGGAGUAUCUCAUUCAGAGCUGACCUGGGCUACUCGUUUGAGGAUUAUCCAAGGUGUUGCGAGUGGGAUAGAGUUUCUGCAUACUGAAUUUGCAGCCUAUGAUUUGCCCCAUGGAAAUCUCAAGUCAAGCAAUAUUCUUUUAAAUGAUGAUUAUGAGCCAGUUCUCAAUGACUAUGCUUUAUUUCCACUAAUGAAUCCAAGCAAUGCCGCGCAAGCAAUGUUUGCUUUUAAGACACCAGAGUACAUAGAGUCCCAGCAAAUAUCUCCAAAAUCUGAUGUUUAUUGUCUAGGAAUAGUCAUUCUCGAAAUCCUUACCGGAAAAUUCCCAUCUCAGUAUCGAAGCAAUGGCAAAGGUGGGAUUGAUGUUGUUCAAUGGGUGCAGUCAGCAACGGCCGAGCAGAGAGAGCAAGAGCUUCUAGACCCAGAGAUUGAAAGCAAUGCAGAAUCAGUGAAGCAGAUGCUGCAGCCUCUUAAAAUCGGAGCUGAUUGCACUGAUAAACUUGAUCAAAGACCUGACAUGACGGAGGCCAUUAGGAGGAUACUCGAGGUACAAGCCUGA